AUGUCUGAACUUCUCUUCCCCUCCAACCUCUUCUUUUGUUUUGUAAUCCUCUUUCUUUUUUUUUCUUUUAUCUUCUCUCCCCUCCUCUUCUUUUUGCAACCCCUUCUUUUUUGUUUUCUCUUCCCCCUCCUAAUUCUUUUUUGUUUUGUAACUCCUCUCUCUCUUUUUUUAUGUCUGAACUCUUACUCCUUUCUUUUAGCAUCCUCUUCCUCUUUUUUCUUUUAUUUUGUUUUCAACCUCCUCCUCUUCUUUUUGUUUUGUAAACCUCUCCUCUUUUUUCUUAUAUGUCUGAACACAUCCUCCUUUCUUUUAACUAACUCUUCCUCUUUUUUUUUGGUUUUAUCUUCUCUUCACAUCCUCCUCUUCUUUUGUUUUGUAAUCCUGUUCCUCUUUUUAUUUUAUCUUCUCUCCACUCCUCCUCUUCUUUUGUUUUGUAAUCCUCUUCCUCUUUUUUUCUUUUACACUCUCUUUAUAGCAACCUCCUCUUCUUUUUGUUUUUUUUUGCAAUCCUCUUCUCUUUUUUCUUUUUAUUUUAUAACUCACUCUUCUUUUUUUUUCAAUCUUCUCUCCACAUCCUCCUUUUGUUUUUGUUUUGUAAUCCUCUUCCUCUUUUUUGUUUUAACUUCUCUUAUUACAUCCUCCUCUUCUUUUUCUUUUUUUUGUAACUCCUCUUCUUUUUUUUUCUUUUCUGAACUUACACUCUCUUCUAGCAACCUCUUCCUCUUUUUUUUUUUGUUUUGUAAUCCUCUCUCUCUUUAUUUGUCUUUUAACCCCUCUCCUCUUUUUUUUUUUUCUCUUCUCCUCUCUCUUUUAUGUCUGAACUUACACUCUUUUAUAGUAAUCCUCUCUAAUUCUUUUUUUUUCUUCCUUUUAUCUUUUAUCUUUAUAUGUCCUCCUUUCUUUUAUUUUGUAAUCCUCUCCUCUUUUUUGUUUUAUCUUCUCUUCAUCCUCCUCUUCUUUUUGUUUUGA